AUGGGAUGCGCGUGGGAGAGCGGAGGCUCUGUCCUGCGCUCGCAUUGCAAGCAGCUCGUCUUUCGUCAGGCGCCCUGCCUUUGCACAGCGCUCGUCCUCUGCGCUGCUAUCGUUCAUGCGCGCACUGGAUCCCGCCUUCUCCAGGACGAGCUUCCCUCGCGUUCGCGCUGCCCGCCCUCUCGCUUCAAGCUCGAACACGCAAAGAGCUCCACGCAAAGGCGACCCAGGCUGACUGCGACAGUCAACGUGCGCGGAAAUCGUUAUGAGGCGGACGGUCAGUCGCAUGAUGGGGUGCGCAUGGGAGAGGGUUGUACAUGCAGGAAAGGAGGUGGAAGCUUC